UUUUAUUGCUCCUUUUUUUUUCGUUUAGCACACAGGUAAAAUGAAAUAUAUUUGUCACGGAUAAUAGAUAAUGCCGAAACACUUUGGGAUCGUAAUAAAAAAUUCGGAUAUAAUUUCCAAAAAUGUAUCUAAUAUCUAAAAGUUUUUUCAUAUAAAGUUUCAAACAAGUUUCGAAUAAUGUUUUAUUGCUCAAAUUAAUGCGUGGAAAUAAGUUCAUUUAUAUAAUCUUUCUCCUAUUAAAUAGUAAUAUUUACAUUUAUUAUUUACUGUAUAAUGGAUCAUACUGUCAAAGUUGAAGAAAUUCCGCACAAUGGAAAGCCGAUAACUAAAAUUGCAAUUUCUCCACAGUCAAAAUAUAUCAUGACAUAUAGUCAAGAAGACAAAUCUUUUGUUGGAUGGUGUAGUAAAGUUUGUAAAGAUAUCCGAAAGAAAAAUUUUUGUUCCGAAUAUAUUAAGAAUAAUAUAAACCCGUUUAUUGGAUUGUCUUUUGAUAUCAAAGACAAUCAAGACGACGAGUUUAAUGAUGAUAAUGAUGAUGAUGAUACAGGACCGCUUAUCGUUGACGACAAAGUCCAACCAUAUAAUUUAGAUUUAGAUAUUUUGGAUUAUAAAGUCUCUGAUGAUAAGAUUUUAAUGUAUGAGAGUAACGAUGAAUUAGCAAUUAUCUAUGAUAUGAAAAAUAAAAAGAAAAUUACUCUCAAUUCAAGUGUAAAAAAAUAUGCAGAUGACAAAUAUGAAUUUAACAUCCCAUAUUACAAAUUUACAAAUUUUCUUACAAGUGGAGAUUUAAUUACUUAUAAUAUUAUUGAAAGUAAAGGAUUUAAGAGUCAAACGAUUAGGAGGGAACCUGUUAUUCUAAUUUAUUCUUCAAAUACUAAAGGUAAUAUCUGGAAAUGCAAAUCUACAUAUGAACUCGACGAUACAAUGGAAAUUAAUUUUGGUGGAAUUACUAAUGAUAUGGUAUGGAUGUUAUCAAAGGAUGCCAUAUUUAUAUUAGAUUUAUUUACAUUCCAAUAUCGGAAAAUUAUGCUUAAGAUAAAUGGAAAUGUAGAUACUAAAAUGAUAGAAUUAAAAUAUCUUAAGCCGUUAAUGGUUAUAAGUAUUGAAGGCAUACAUUAUAUUUAUUCUGAUAGGAUGGAUUUUAUAAUUAAAAUUAUUGUAGGGACAAAUUUGGAAAAUUCAACAAAAUACAAUACCAUGAUAAAAUCUUUUCUUGAAACUAAUGGUAAUUCUAAUUACUUUAAUUAUUUUAAUAAUAUACAAUUUAGACUUAAUGAUCGAAAAGUAUUUGGAAUAUUCUAUGAAAAACCAUGGAUGAUUAAUAUAAAAAAGUGCGAUUUGGAAAAUUAUAUAAUUAAUAAUAACUAUAUUGAUUCGGAAGAAAUUAACAAAAGCAAAGAUUCAAUCAAUGGAAACAUCUUUUAUAAUAUAGGAAAACAAUUUACUGCAGCAAAAGACGAAACUGAGUUUAUAGAAAAGUACGUUAUACCAAAUUUAGUAAACUCAAAUGAAAAUCAAAGUGGAUAUGACAUGAGAUUAAGAAAAAAUGAAUUUAUUUUAGAGGCUUUUAUUAAUAAUUCAUCCCAAAACGAAAUUGUAUCUUCGUACAAUAUUAAAUAUUCUAAAAGUUGGAAAGACAUAAAAGUUAAUAAUACUUACAUUUUAUAUGAUGAGACAGAGUUACAUAUUUACAUUUUCAAUACAGCAUUUUAUAAGAUUGAAAUGCAAUGUUGUUAUAAUAUUAAAUUUCUUAAAUAUGCAUUUAGGCUCUAUAAUAAUAAUAAACCAGAUGCUUUAAAAAUCGAGGAAAUUAAAGAAAUAGCUCAACCUACAGAUAAUAAUGGAUUAAAAAAGCAAUGGAUCUUGUAUGAAAUAAAUCAAAGAUACUUUUUAAUUUAUUAUGGAGAGAACCUAUUAAAAUCAGCAAUAAAACAACAUAAUAUAGAGUUAAUUGAAUCAAUCUAUAACAAAACUCUUGAAUAUUUCAAAGAAGAUCCGAAAAAUAAUAUUUAUAUACUAUCACUAUUAUGUAAGAAUAUGCCAUAUUUAA